AUGAACCGACAUCAUCCCUACGGUGGUUACGAUGAGAGGCCUGGCCGCGGCGCUCGUGGUGGAGGCAACCCUUCCAUGCGCGGCCGCCCACCCCAUCCUGGCGGCAUGAGCCCUCCUCCUUCUUCUGGCUAUCCUUCGUACGAUCCUGCUGCCUCCACCAUGACCGAUUCCUCGGCUUCAUACGCUCCGCAGGAUACGUACGGUGGAGCCAAUGAAUUUGCUGGCGGCCCAGAUCGCCACUAUCAGAUUCCUAUGAGUGGUGCUCCCCAAAGGGGUGGCAUGAGCGCACGUGGUGGUCUCCCUGGCUCUCGUCCACCUCCCCCGGGCCAGACCAUGAACACUCCUCCUUCCUACGGAUAUACCCCAGCCUCGUUUGAAAAAGCACCGUACAAUGCUUCAGCCCCACCCGCUUCGUACGGCCAGCCACUGCAGCAGCAGACUCCUGCAUAUCCGCAAGACUACAAUGCCGCUGGCCCACCUCCAUCUGGUCCUCCAUCGGCCAGCUUUGAUAGUCAGUCUUACGCUGGAACUCCUUCGUAUGGCCAAGGUUUCCGACCCGACGGGGCAUCGCAAGCCUCUUACGGCCUUUCUCGUCCUCCCUUUGAUGAAGAUGGCUUCAGGGGUGGUCGCGGAGGUCGAGGUGGACGAGGCGGUCGUGGUGGCGGACGCGGCGGAAGAGGCGGUGGCUUUGGUGGUGGUGGAGGCGGCAGGGGUUUCGAUGACGAUGAAAAGCCUUGCCGUACGCUUUUCGUGCGAAGUAUCAAUUUCGAAACAGACUCCGGAUUUGUCAAGCAACAAUUUGAACAGUUCGGCCAGAUAAAGACCUUCUUUGAUAUGGUCAACAAACGUGGUAUCGCAUUCAUCACGUACUAUGACCUUCGGUCCGCGCGAGACGCCAUGCUAGCCAUGAAAGGCGCCCUAUUUGGCGGCAGACCCAUCAACAUCCAUUACUCAUUGCCACGUGAAGAGGACAAAGCGCAGCGCUGUGAUCGUGACAAGAACCAGGGAACCCUCUUCACCGUGCUCAAAGGAUCCCGCCAAGAUCUCAACGACGAUGCCGUUCGCGAAGUAUUCGCCGAGUUUGGCGAUGUCAAGAAGAUCCGCGAUUACCCCGGACAGAAGAACAGCCGCUUUGUAGAGUACUUUGACAGCCGUGCCUGCCAGCUUGCUCAUGACCAACUCAACGCUCGCCCCUACUUGGAUGGUCAGUGGGAUCUCAAGUUUGCCUGGGACGUGGUCACUGAUGAGGACCUCGAGUGGGCUAAAGUUCCGCAGCAAGGCAGUGGCCAAGGAUUCCAAGCCGGUCCACCUGCACCUCAGUCUGGCUGGGGCAGGCCUGGACCCCCCGGGGGUCCUGAUCUGGUUGCACCGUCCGCCGACUAUGUCACGCCUGGUGGAAGCGAUUCAAACCUUGGCUACGGACGUCCGCCCGUCCCUGCCACAGGCGCACCUGUGGACAACGGAUGGGGCAGACGUGCCGGCUCUGGCCCCGCGUCCACAUCCGUCUCAGGGCCAACACCUGCGGCUGCUUCUGGCGCCGAUCACGGAGACGCCAACCGUCUCGAACAAGCUCUGAAGGUGCAGCAACUGCUCGCCUCUCUCGGCGCUGCUUCCAAGCCUCCGGCGACGACUGCGACUGCGACCUCGACUCCUCCUCCUCCUUCUGUUGCAAGCCUACCUGCACGUAGCCCGCCUGCGGCGCAUACUUCUACAGCAAGUUCAUCUGCAGCUUCGGUUCUCCCGCCCAACAUUGCUGCCCUGCUGCAGUCGGCCGCUGGCGCACCUAAACCCAUGCAGCCACCCAAGCCUCAAUCGGCUCCCUCGAAUGCUCCGGUUGCAGGGCAGGACAACGGCCAGCAGUCUGUUCAGCAACUUUUGAGCAUGCUCAACCAAAACCGACCUCCCCCUCCCUCUUAG